GUGGCCUGGGGCCGCUUCUUCAACGCGGGUCAGACCUGCAUCGCGCCCGACUACGUGCUGUGCAGCCUGGAGAUGCAGGAGAAGCUGAUGCCCGCUCUGCGUGAAGCCAUCACUGAGUUUUUUGGCUCCAACCCUCGGGAGUCCCCUGACUUUGGUCGCAUUGUUGGGGACAAGCAGUUCCAGAGGGUGCGGGAGCUGCUGCGCAGCGGGCGCGUGGCCAUCGGGGGACAGACGGACGAGAAGGAGCGUUACAUCG